AUGAUCGACAAACUUGGCAUCUUUGCCGAGCUCGACAGCAACACGACAGCCGAGCUGCAUUCCAGCCAGACAGCCAGGCACUUGACCUGCCAUGUUUUUUUAGGCUAUCACAUCGACCGUCGACGCGUGCUGCAGGCAGAAUUCGAGAGGCGAAAUGGGCAGAAUUCCAGGAAAGAGCAUCGGAACUCGAAAAGCACCUCUGUUCGCUGCCUUAAUGAAGUCGAGGAACGCACUGUCGACGGGCUACAAAGCCAGAAGACGCCGUCGAUGGCUGAACAAUUGCGGCUGGUCGUGUCUGUCAACCGUUUCCGUUUACAAGUUCCCAGCGUGUUCAGGAGCGGUCCGCUCCACAAGCUUGGCUCCCAUCGACUCGACUCAGCCUGGCCUCGCUUCAACGACACUGUCUUGGACUCUACGAUCUCAACAGCGUGCAGUCUGGCUAUCUCGACGCAGCUCUGCACACCGCCAGCCAAAGAAGCGACUGGAGAGCACGCUCCUGCUCUGGAAUCAUCGCACAUCUUCGAACAAUGCAAGCCGACCCUUGAAGCUCUCAUGAGCUACAACUUCACCCCAAUGUGGAACCAAGGAUCGGCGUCUGCUGCCGCUGGCGGUGGCGGUAGUGUCGGUGCGAGUGGCAGCAUCCACAACAGCGCCGGACCACACACAACCGGCUCAUUUGCAUCGCACACACGCUCCAACAGCAUGACACACAACACCGCUGCCCAUCGCAGAGUCGCUGGCAUCAAUCAGCAGCAGCACGCCUCUUCGCCUUCAGGUCCCUCCUCCUACCCACGUCCUUUCGCCAACGUCGCUUUUCCUGGCACCGUCUCAGCACCCCGUUCUGCAGCAGCUCCCAACACGCCAUCGGCACCCCCCAAGUCGCUUCAACGCCUCCCCAUCCUCACAACCCACACUCCAACCUCGAUCGCCAAGCUUGCCUUUCCGCCGCACACCACCAUCUUCUGGCAUCGUCUGCGACCCGUGAUCUCCGAUCCUCUUACCCACCAAAGCCUCGACCAGCGGCGCGCAGAUGGCUCGGCUUCCACCAUGCCUACAUCAAGCACCUCGCAUCUAGAUGCGCGCAAAGCCUGGAACGCCGCAGUUCUCCAAGUCAUCACGGCCGCAAGACAGUCCACGCUCCAGCCGAAUGCUACCGAUGCGUCGCUCAGCGGGAGUCAGGAGCCACUCCAGCCUCUUCUCCAAGCACCCUUGAUUCAUGCCAAUUCGCGUCCAUCCUCAUCCCGCUCCGACGCACAUCCCGCCUCCUUAGGACCGACGUCUGACCUGUGGGUAUUCGUGGGUGUCACAGAUCAAAGCGAGCUCAGGAGCAGCGAUGCCCCGAACAACGUCGCGAUCGCUGCCAGCGCUGCGAACGUCGUCACCAGUGACUCGACGACGAGUGACGAUACCUCCAAAGCAUUCAACAGCUCAAUGCUCGUCCAUCCCGCUCUCGCUCGACGUGUCUCGCCAGAGCUCUUGAAAUCGCUUGCAAGCUUGUCUCCAUCUGCUCAUGCCACCUCUGGCUCAUAUCUUUUGGCAGCCGCAUCCAUCGAUGCCACGGACGACAAAGGCAAGCUCUCCUCGCUCUCCUCAGACCAGCGCCAAGCUCACAAGCGCUUCAUGUCCUCGCUGAGGCUAAGGCUGACCGACUCGCUCGCCUCUGCCCCAACGACAUCGGCUCAGCAGCUCAAGACAACCAAGUCGGCCUCGCGCACUCGGCUUCGCCUUGGGGACAGCAUUGUCUUUUUGCCACAAACCCCAUCGCGCUCCUUGAAAAAAGCCAUCUCGGACGCAGCGUGGUUUGCUGCUCCUGGACAGCAAAAGGCCUUGCGAGACGGAGACGAUGAGCCUGCUAGCCUCCUCGUUCGAGCGACAUUAUCGCUCACUCCUUCGUCUCUCUUCGUCCGCGCGAGUUAUUGCCGACUUACCGCAAUUCCCUUGCUCGAAACGCGCCAUUCAAACUUUUCCUCCUCUCUGCCUUCGUCGUUGCCGCAUCCUACGGUACUCAUAGCUCCUCUGGACCGUCGAGUUCACCUCAUAGGGAUGGUACCUUCGAGCAGCUUCGCAGAAGAGCACCUUGCCGAACUAGCUCACAGGUUUGCAUCGCUCAACAUCGCUUCACAUUAUCAGGAAGAAGACACGCAAUCUGUCCUAGCAUCAGGGCUCGCAAUUUGUGCACCCCCUCAUUCCGGAUCGCAGCCGAACGAUCAAGUGUCACACGAACAAGAUCUUCAGCGACUCCAAGACGUGUCGAGCGUCACGGCUGUGCGGUCAGAGACAAUAGACGAAAGUAUGCCUUUUGCGUUUACCGCCGAAACCCACAAACAUGCACACAGCGAUUCGUCGCACCUCGUCCCAGGACCGAACCGUUUCCUGUGGCCAGCUGCUUGGUGCCUCGUCCUGCCAGACCUGCGCAUCCUUGCAACACGUGGCCUUCGCACAGACGACCUGCACAAUGCGCAGAGUCAACCCAUGACGCCGCUCAAAGAACUUGUUGCGUUCACCCUCAAAGUACUCAACGAUGCCAACGAGUCGUCCCAUGCACAAAGUAGCUCAGCUUACACACCCAAUGAUCCGGACGAUGCGUCGGUCUCCCUUCAUCGCGCCGACCGCAUGCCCUCGACACGUCCCGAAAUAACUCCGGCAAGCAUCACGUUCGCCGACUUCGACUUUGCCAUGCCCACCGUUGCCUCGGCCACCUCCUCUCACACCUUGCCUGCCGCUGGUCAAUCUGUGACGGGAAGUUCGCCGCUCAAACGCGACUACAUGCCCUCAGAGCCCGUGCUAGCAGCCAGCAACACCGAGGCGUUCGGACAGGAUCUCAGUUGGACGCAAUUCUUGCCCCAUCAAAGCAGCAGCGCGAUCACGUCCGCGUCUGCAUCAACCUCUGCCGUGCCAGCCAAUCCACUAACGACGCUAGGUGCUGCCACUGCCCAGAACUCGGCUCUGGACGGCGCACAGCCCUCGCAGCUAGAUCACAGAGACGCUGGUUGGCUACUGUCCGCUGGGUCUGCUUCUUCGCGAGAUGCGCAAGCACAAGAACAACCUCGAGCUCUCGUGAACCCACAGUCGCUCCUGCCUCCGCACACUGACCUUCAAUCUGAAAGUUCGACGACUAUGCAGAAUCCUCAAGGCGCGCACCUGGCUCCGACACAGUCUACGUCGACCAAGCGAAAAGCUGGCGAAGGCGACAUCUUUGACAACCUCGACUUGCUGACUGAGGACGACUUCUCCUUCUUUGACGAGUCGGCGUUCGAUCUGCAUCCAGGUGAAGCCUUGUCGCAGCAGAUCGAUCAGCCUGCUCUGCCUUCUCACGCCAUUCCGACGCAGGAGCUGAUGAUCGCAGGAAACGCCUCGAGUGCACCCGCCUCGUCGCUCGUCGCUGGCUCGCAACCUGUCGCUGCUCCGGCCGCAGCUAUCCUCGGUGACGUCGCAAUGGACGAUGUCGGUCAGAGCAGUCUGGAUGCUUUGUUCAGCGCUAUUCCGGGCCUUCAACACGCAAUGGUCUCCACCGAAAUGUCGAACGCGCAGGCCGCAGUCCCUCAGCCCACGUCUUCUUCCCCGACCGCAAUGCAAGCCACUCACAUUCGGAUGGCGCACGGCGGUCCGCAAGAUAUGGUCGCACCGACAACAGGCACCGCGCAUCCUUUGAGCUCUACGAUGAGCUCAUUCACGCCGCGUGAUCCUGGAGGAGCGACACCCUUUGGCGAUCCUGCAUCCUUACCCGGCUUCACUCCCAGCUCGCUGACCGAAAGCUCACCUGCCUUUGGCAAUCCUCAGUACAAGACGCCAAGGACGCCUUACUCGCCUGUUGAAGAUUAUCGCGAUGGAGCCGCUAUCGUUGAUCUACAGAACAGCAACCGUUUCCAAGAGUCGGUUGCGAGCGCCCGAGAUCGCAACGCAGGUUCUGCGACCGAAGCGCACGCCAUCAAUAAGGACCCGCUUGCAAAACGCGAAGCCGAGGACCAGCUGCGACUGGCGGAUGCCAGCACGGCAGCUGCAGCCGCCGCUCAUGCAGCCAUGGAGAUGGAUCCUUCCAACAGGAAGCGGCUCGCCAUCGUGCCGAACGCGUUCCUGCCGAUAUCGCAGCCCGAAGCGCGCAAGCCGCUGCAGAGGCUCGCAGCCGGUGCCCGUGCCAACCUGGGUCGCAAAUACGAUCUGCUCGGCAAAUUCGCGUCGAGGCCCAAGACUGCCACGGCCAGCAUGACGACCUCUCACGCGAAUAAUGUGGCCCUGCCAGAGCGGCGACCUUCUGGCGACGCAAGCAGAAUUUCCGACCGAGGAGACAGAGACAGCGCUCCAGAGUCGGAUCGUCCUGGCACUCAGUCUUUGACACCGCACCCAGGCCUCAGCGCAGCGAGGCCGUCGCCGUCAAAGACGCCUUCUGGUCGCGGCCAAGCUCUUUUGCAAUUGCGUAGAGAUCGACGAAGCAAGCCUUCUCCUGCAUUUACUCUGACAACUCUCCGACGCUCAAGCUCGUCGCGAGCUAUAGACGGUCCAGCCACGCCAAGGUCGAGCGACGAUUUUGCGCGACCGGGAGCCGUCAGUGGCUCGGACAGCGACACGUCUAGCAGCAGCGAUGACAAUAGCGACGACGCGCCCAGCGAUAGCGAGGCGACGGUCAUGACGCUAUCGCCCGUGGAUCAAGCGAGUCUGAAGGCCUCAUCCCUGGACGUCAUCACUGCCUUCCUUUCCGGCGGUAUGCAAAGCCCAAGAUCGCAUUGGCUAGGGGCGCUGUACGACGCUCCGGACCGUUCCAGCUCAGCCCGGUCUCACUCGGCGCGGCCAAGCGCGUCAGUACCGCCCCUUCAAGGCGACGCACGCACUGACUUGACAACAGGCACAGUUGCCGCAUUGCACAAGUCCAGCGUCAGGCGAUGGAUGCUAUCUCGAACGGCUGAAUGGCUGAUCCAGAAUCCCCAAUUUCGCUCUAUGUACUGUGCCAGCUCGGCUGCCCGGCCGACGUGGCCGGGUAUCGCCAUCGGCGACAAGAUCGAGUUACUUCAAAGCAUGGCUUCGGCCCUCAGCAUCGCACCUGACCCGGAUGCGUCCAAGCCGCCAAUCGACCAGGACAGUGCGACGAUCAAAGCUGAAACCCACUUUGCUGCAGUUCCGACUUUGAAAAGUCUGGUCAAGCUAAGCGGUGCAGCUGCCAAUGCGGUCAUCGCCGAUGGCAGCGGCGCAGAGGUUGCAGAGGUGUUUGAGCCAGCGCGAAUUGCCGUUGGCUGCCAAGGAUCGGUGGUGGAAGCUUUGCCAUCGGCGUUGAAUCUGUGGGACAAGUCGAAGCUGUCGGCUGUCAGCGGGCAGAAGCACGUGGUGGCCAAAGUGCUGCUGACCGAUGCAUCACCGGCAUGGCACGAAGAGAUCGUCGCGUGGCUGGACCGCCUACGCGUUGCCUUCGAGACACACGGUCUGGGAACGCACGUUGGCGGCGCACAUUCGAUUUUGGCAGUCGCCGACGGAUCCGAAUCGCUACCAUUGUCGAGCUACCUGGACCAGCUCUGGACGGACGGCGAGACAUGGCUGGACACGCUACGGUCCAUCUCGAGCCGUGUUCAGCUCGACCUGUUGCAGGGCAAGCACGUGGUGGUGUACACGCUGCAGCCAUCGGCCUCAGCGACAUGCGGAUCGACCGGAUUCCACGGCUUGCUUCGGCUUGAGAGAGAUCUCAGAGCAAUGCUGAGCGAGCAAGUGGGUGUGCUCGCGGAGCAGCUGCUCGUGCGCGUUGUCAGUCCAACCAUGAUGACGGAGAGCGGCAGCCUCGGAUUCGGCCAGCAGACGCAGAUGGUGAGGCGACUUGCGUUUUCGGUGUACGACCAAUUGGCGAGGCUGGUGCGACGUCAACCCGCCAAAGUGCUCCAUGGGAAAGAGCCCGGGCCAAUCUCGGCGGUGGUGCAGUUUCCUGCAUUCAGCCUUUCGACGGGGUCCGAGACAUCUUCAGCAGCCUCCUCGACGGCGGCAAAGGCGGGUCGCACCAACUUCUCGCUGAGCUGGCCACAGGAGCCGGCAGCCGUCACCGACGAGCGGGUGUUGCUGCACGUUGGCUAUCGUAUCUGCCGAACGAGCUCCGGUGAAGAUGGCGUCGGGGUGCAGAUGGACAAGACGCCGAGUCGAAAUGGGAGCGCCGCAUCGAUCGAUGCUGCCGGCGUGUUUGGCCUAGACAAGCCGAUGGACGCUGAGGACCGCGCUCCAACGAAGCAAGAAAGUGUGGUGAUGGUGAGCGCGAUCGACGAGCGGGGAGGAUCGAGCUCAGUGGACGCGCUUGCUGCCAACGAUGGCGACUCCAGUAUCGAGGCAUGCGUGGAUCGCGUUUGGCAGUUUGCGGUAGGCGAAGCGAGUCGGGCACGCGUGCAAUGGCGUCUGAUCGUUUCGAGUACGGGCCCGAUGAGUCGACGUGAAAAGCAGGCUUGGGAACGGCUGAUUGAGGCGUACUGGGCGUCGACGGUGGCAGGAAAUCGAGUGAUGGGAAGCGUGAUGUUGAUGAGCGCGCGACCGGACGAAUCUGGCGCCAUCUUGGCCGAACGAGGAGCGCGGGCCAAAGUAAAUCAGGAAUGGUCAGCGACGGCAUCGACGGACAAGUCAAGCUUGAUGCUGCUCGACGCUGCGGACUUUUCGCAGGCGGUCAACUUUGCCGAGCCCAUGCCGAUGGCAUGGACGCAGGCGGUGGAUGGCUCAGAGACGGCGGACGAAGGCAGUGAAUAUGGGGAGGAGGACAAGCUGGACGAGGAGAUAACAGCCAUGCCGAUCGCUUCAGCCAUCCUGAUGCAUCAUCCUCGACCCGAGCUGAGCAACGGCGUUGGGAACGCAGGCGGCCGUAGCCACGACGGGCUCGGCAAGCAUCGUCUCGACGGCUCCACUUCCACCAGCCACGUUAUGGCUGUCGACCUGCUCCAAGUCUGGCCCGCGCCUGCGACACUGCAGACGGACGCACAAGCACAGGUAGCAGAGGAUGCAGCAGCAUCCGCGAACAACGAGGCGAUGGACGCGAUCCUGCGUAGCCUGCAUCGUCUGCGACUGAUCAGCCAAGAACGGCACCAGCUGCCGUGGCCGUACAGUGCUCAGCCUUGGCCGGUGGCGAGCGUGAAUGCGCUAGCUGCUUGUUUGGAGGGUGUGGUGCUGCGGGACUGA